CAGCUAAACAGCAUACUUGUAAUGCGCUUUUAACACAGUAACACACUACAUUGGUUUGCUGGGGCCUUCACGUACAGGUAAACAAUCAUGAAGAUAUACUUGGCAAUGACAAUUAUCAUCUGCUUGGCGGGAAAAGUCACCGCUCAUGGCGAACCCAGUAAUGGAAACACUGACGUUAACGCAAAUCACAAUUCAGUAGUGGGGAGUGCUGCAGUUUCUUCGCCUCCUCAACAAUUUACACCACAUCCUUGGCGCUUGGAUUUGACUAGUGCAUCUCAAUGGCUUACUUCCCAAACACCAUCGGGUUGGAAUUCACAGGGUAAAACUGGUUCUCCUCAAUUGGGGUUUCCCCAAUGGAAUUGGAAUAAACCACAGCCUGCAAGUACAACGGAUGAUAAAAAAACUGAUUCAACCGCAUCUUCUCCUACAAACACGCCUAAACAAGAGGGUUCUCCCGACAAGCCUCCUUCCAGUGCACCAGGCGAUGAUGACAACAAAUCAAAGUCUUCGCCUCCAGUGAGCUUACCACAGCCAGAACACGUGACUAUACCUCCUACCACAGGGCCGACACCCGGACCGAGAAUACCCAAGAUACCUAUUUCCGCAUGGGCGAAACUCGGACGGGGAACACAGGCUCCUGAACCACGGCCGAUACCCGGAACAAAUGAAGUGCAUCCCAGUGCAUCGAGUGUCGACAAGUCCUCGCCUGCAAUGAUCUUACCACAUGUCCCUCCACCCAUGUCUACUAUUCCGGGUCUUCCGAACGCCGGACGUUAUUGGAACAAAAAUCCAUUGCUUCCCAGUAUUGCCUCGGGUGCUGAUAACAAAGAUUCAAAGUCCUCGCCUGCACCAAGCUUACCACAGCCAGCCAUCACUCCGCCCGAGUCUGCUUCAGGAGCGGAUCAGAAAACCCCUCCCAUACCCUCAUCUGUAGUAGGCUUUGACAAACCUGAAAACGACGAGGACGAAGUGCCUAUAAGUUCAGCGAAAGAUGAAGUAAACCAUCCAACUGUCUCUGCUGCAACAAACGCGCCUAAAGAAGAGAGUUCUCCAACUCCGCCUUCUUUAAAUACAGCGGCAGACAGGAAAAUAGAUUCAACCGACUCUUCUGCAUCAAUAGCACAUGGACAAGAGAGUGCAGCGCCUGGACAAGAGAGUGCAGCGCCUGAACUAGAGAGUGCAGCGCCUAAACAAGAGAGUUCAGCGCCUCCAAAGACGCAUACUUCAAAAACGGAUCAGAAAACUGGCCCCAUAACCUCAUCUGUAGCGAGCUUUAAGAAUCCAAAAACCAACCAGGACGAAGUGCUUCCAAGUACAGCAGGAGAUAGACAAAAUGGUUUAACCGAAUCUUCUGCAACAAACAAGCCUGAACAAGAAAGUUAUCCCAACGGGCCUAAUUCAGAAACGGAUCAGAAAACUGGCCCCAAAACCUCUACUGUAGAAAGCUCUAACAAACCAGAAAACAACCAAGAUGUAAAGCCGUCAAGUACAUCAGGAGUUAAAGAAAGUGAUUCAACCAACGAGCCUGAUCCUGACUGUAUUCCGGACGUGCCUACUUCAGAAACUGAUCAGAAAAACGUUGACAAACCGAAUAACACCCAAGACAAGAACCCCCCCAAGGAAAAGCUAACAGAAGGGGUACAUAAAGAGCUACAAGCAACGGAAGAGGAAUUACCUACACCACCUAAAACAAAGAAACGUUUUAGAUGUAUGCCCGCAGAGAAAGGUGAGAAGAAACAAUGGAGGAUCGUAAGAUUCUUUAAAAGAAAAACUGAAAAACCAAAGCACAAUAAUUAGGAGAAUCUUGUAGUAGAAGCAAAUGCCAUAGGCUAUUCUUAUUUCAACUGCUUGUUUACGACUUAAAGAGGAGGAUUUGCACGAGAUUAUUAUUACUAACCAAACAGGAUUUCAGAAGUUAAAACAGGAAAGUAGUACAUUUUCUGUGUAUUCAGCUCAAGGUUUUUUGUAAUUUCUUAUAAUGAGUCAAAAUUUUCAUUUAUUAAUUUUACAGCACUCGCAAAUAAAUGUAUUUAAAAAAAGAAAAAAUCAAUAAACUGUUAUUGUUUA